GGCCUUAACAUGCUUACAGAACAUGUCAUUUGUUGUGUUUUGGAAGAAACACGCAUGUACGGAAGCAGCUGUUCCCCAUCUCAGCUGUCUGUGUUUUGAGACAAAUUCUAUGAGUUAGUAUCCAAACAAAGACAAUUGUAAAUAUUUUCGUUGACACAAACAUAAAGCAUGGAAUAUAAUUUAUCCGAAGUGAAAAAUAAAAUUGUAAGUUAUUUAGUCCAAUCGCACAUAGGUCAUCUUUUUCGCGAUGGCACGAUAGAUCCUCAGCAAAUUUCAGUAAAUAUUUCAAGUGGGGACGCAUAUUUGCGAUGUUUGGAAUUAGAUGUGGAGUUUCUGAAUGAAGUGGGAGAUCAACUCAACUUCCCAUUGAGAAUAGUUAGGGGUUACUUAAAUGAACUACACAUUAAUGCUCCUUGGAGGAGCUUUUGGUGUGAUGGCCUAAGUCUAGCUACAGAAUUUAAUGGCCUUCACCUGACUCUAGAGCCAAAAGAAGAUAUUGAUGAUGCUGCGUCUAUGUGGAGUUCGGCUAUUGGCCGUUUGGUGGAGAAGUCGAACACAUUCAAAAAUGAAGUGGAAAACCCCGUUCUAUUGAAUGAGGGUGCAAAAAAAGUUGAUGACUUUUUCAGAUAUCUGAUGAGUAAAUUGACUGUAAACUUCAAAGACACAGUUAUAUGUUUCCAACCUAGAAAUAGUGAAUUAGGAGUAAAAUUAACAAUAAAAUUAGAAUCGUUGCGCUUUUUCGAUGAAAAAGAAGCUUCAGAAAAUGUACCUGAACAUGUGUAUGACACAAAACCUAGAGGAGAAGGAUCUCAUUGUAAUUCUGCUUAUUCGACAAAAAUUGUCGACAUCGUGGGUGCAUCCUUCUGGAUUACAGAUGUACAGAGCGAAGGUAAAAAGGACAAUAAGAAUGAAAUUAAGUUUGCUGCAUUAAAUAGCAGUCAGAAGAUCAAAGUUUUCAUCAAGCAAACGGAAAAGGAGGAAGGACCAGGCAUAUGGGUCCACAUAGAGUUGGGCGAUUUCAUUUUAUUUUUAACACCUAGAACAAUUUAUUUGCUUGCUGAGUUCGCCCGCGAAUAUAGUAAAACUGAUGAUGACAGCUAUCCUAGUAGGACUAAGAGGGUUCCCAAAGCGAUGACAGAUUCCGAUUUUCAAAAAUUAGAAACUGUUUUGCAACAGCAAACGUAUAACCCAAAGCCGCAAUACCCCGGGUUGCAAGUUGGCUAUGGUUGGUCAAGCGUACCAGCAGAUGAGGAGCAAUUUUAUUCCAUGAGUGGAAAUCAUUCCGAUGGGGAUUGUGCAAUGUCGAUAUUAAGUAAUAGUAUGGAAAGCACAUACCUCAAUACAUCUGUACACAGUACAACAUAUUCAUCACCUAGUACGAUAGGAAGAGUAUGCGGUAGAGGAAACAGCAACUAUUCCAGAGCCAUGUCAGUAGCGUCGAGCGCGACGAUACAGCGUCCUUCCUACGAUCCUGGAAAAGAGAUUUUUCUUAUAGACGUUCAUAUGAAAUCCAUGGCAGUCGUGUUAUUGCAUGAGGAUAUUUUGAAUGUCACGGAAGGAGGUGACAAAUACACCAAGGACAGCAUAUUGAAACUUCAGGAUUUAUCGUCGAAUUUCCUCAAGAAGAUACUUGAAUACGAUUUAUCUCUUAUGCUACAAUUUGAUGAAAACAGUGUUAAGGAAAUUCUCGAUGAUGCUUGUCAGCUCAAUCAUAUCAGAUUACUUUGCACUCCGGUCCAUGCAAGUUUUGAGGUUGAUAUCCAGAAGAAGAAAUGCGAGGGAACUUUCAAAACCUAUAAUAUGACUUUAUCGGAAUGUCUCUUCGAAAAUAAAUGCGGAAAAUCCCAACUAGUACCGCUAUUGAAAUUCGAAGAACCUCUGCAAGAAUGCUUAUGCAUUAGUCUGACAAAACAUAAGAAGUACCAUUCUCGCAGCGAUUUAGUAAUUUCCCUCAAGAGGUGUUCAGUAGAACUUGACAUUACAAUUAUAGAUAGACUUUCAGCCCUUCUGAAUAUACCGCUGUUUUGCAAAGAAAAAGAACCGUCAUCUGGAAUGCAGCAAAAGCAUACCACACGUUUUGAGAUCGAUAUACCAUAUGCCAAUUUCAAACUCAGAUUCCCAAUUCCAGAUUUCAGUCCACUGCAUGAUCCGAAACGAGUACCUUGGUGGAAAAGGAAUAUCCGGUCAGAUUAUAUGACAUUGAAAUGUUAUCAAUUCAAGUUUCAAACCACUUUUUCUUCCCAAACGAAAUCUCAGGUCGAAGAAUACACAUUCAGAUUUGACGUAUUGGAUCUUUUUUAUAAUGAAUCGGCCAAAGCAAAGCCCGUAUUUUUCGCUCAGAUUGGAGAUAGGGAUCAUAAAUUCGAAGAUUGUAGAUUCAGCAUCAAAAUUCUUCCAACCGCCAAACUUUUCAAUGUGGAAGAGGAAGAAGAUCCCAUCACUAAGAAUACGUUCUCUGAAAAUUUUCUGCAAAAGAAAGAUAAUGGUCCUUUCACCUCUAAAAAGGUGGUCCAUCACAGCAGAGCGGAGCAUUUAGACGAUGCCUUCCCUGAUUCAGAAUUUCUCAUACCAGGAGAUCGUAAAGAAAUUGAGGAAUUUAAGUCGACCUCGAGAGGUUCUGCUAAGCUUUUCAUAAGUAUAGUAUUGUCUUCUGUGAAGAUGCAGAUUAUUUCUAAGCAUACUUAUGAAAUAAUUUACAACAGAAUCAAUAACGAUCUGCUGACGUGGGAACCAAGUGCGCCAAAGAGUAGUUUUAUAUUCAAAAAUAGUGACGGUUUGUUCAACGAGUGCAAAAGUACAGCAAGAAAUGUCGAUUCCGAUAAUGAUUCAGAGGAUUAUUCGGAUAGAGAAGAUUACGGACUGUUCCAAUCAACAUUCGAUGUGGAACCCGAGCCAGAAAUCCUCGACACUUCUACCCCAUUCGUCAAGAAAUAUGUGAAACAGAGCAAAUUAGUUAUCGACGUGAAAAUAAUAAAUGGAACGAUUGCAUUCAAUCCUCCUGUCAGAGACGCUUCUUCGAACAAUGUUAUACCUGGUCAAUUGGGUUAUUUCGCCAUUGAUGUUAGCGAAGCAAAUUUAUUCAUGGUAACUGGCUAUAAGGGCGAUAGUGCAUUAGAUUACGUCUGUGUAGACGUUAGAAGCUGUGAUAUGAGACAUCAUGAUAUGAUGCCUUCUUCUGAAGUGAGAAUGUGCCUUCCUGAUCUUAGAAGAAUUCCUAGUCACCUAUACCCCGUCAUUUCUAAGUCGGUGGGGGCACUGGUAGAAGAACGAAAAAGUCAUACGGAACGCCCGAUGUUGACAGUAGCUUGUAAAAUUCUCACGAGACACGAGACUCACCACAUUAAGACUGUUCAAAUCGCCUUGGGAUUGAACAAAUCGACUCUCCAUCACAGAAUGACUGCCGAGCCUAAUUCAUGGAUAUCCCAGUUAAUCGACUUUUUCAAAGUGACCGAUUUUCCCAUCAGCGGUUACAAAUCGAGAGACGUCCUGAGCGAGUUUCAUUUACACACCUGGGAUUGUGCCAUAGAUUACCGACCUCUCCAUUUACCUCUGAGGUGCGCCGUCACCCUUGGAAGUUUCAACAUGACCUCUAACGUGAGCGUAAUAUCGAACGGCUCAAAAUUGAGAUUCUUAGCGGAGGAUUGCGACUUGUACAUCAGUCAGGAGAAUCCGCCCAAAGAUGGUGUCGCUUCGAAUAUUCCUAUCGAUAUAAGGAGGGAAUACAUCAACGUUAUGACAAUGAACAUGUUCGAAUUGAGCCUGGUGAUGAAUGAUAAGCACAACAAAACGGUGCCCCAUUUAGAUUUGAGGGUAUCCACCGAUUAUUUGAAAAUUCAUACCUGCUCCGAUUCGCUCAAGGCUCUCUCCGACCUCAUCGGUUAUAUCGCCGCUGACGGCGAUUUAACAUCGAAUGCGCCAUCCGAACCGAGUUCCACAUAUCCCAGUCCCAGACACGCCCCCGGUUAUCAAGAAUUGAUUCCUGUUGAUCCCCAACCACUAGAAAUUUGUGAAGUUUCGGAGAGACAACGGCAGGAGAUAAACAGUUUGAUCGGGCAGGCUAUUGAUGAAGAGAGGGAGGAAAAACAACGCAGAUCUCUUGAAAGACACCAAUUCAGGUAUUUCCCCCAAGUCGAAAGGGAACUGGGCGAUUUUUAUUCGAGCGAUGAGGAUAUUGAAAACUCGUUCAUUAUAGUCGAUGAAGAUACUAGCGAAGGACUAAUUCUGCCGAGUGGUGUGCCAGAAAUCGAUUGGAUGGAGACGGACAGCGUUAAAGUGAGUGAUGAUCAUUUCUUCCUGCCAUUGACAAAGAAGGAUCUUCUGAACACGCCGAGCAGCUUCCCUGUGCCGGUAACGAAAUACACUCUGUGCGAAUUGAACAUAAUAUGGCAACUGUACGGAGGAAAGGAUUUCAAGAAAAUCGAAGAAAAGAAAGACAAGAAAGAGCAAUAUUUGUACAAUGAAGCGUACGCUAAUUAUUUCUCAAGUAAUGAAUCGAUUUAUUCCAAAUCCAGCAGUUCUUCAUCUUCGUAUCGAGAACGAAGAAACAGCGAUAGGGAAAGUUGGAAAACUUCUGGCGGAGCUGACAGAAAUAAGAAUGUACUUAUGGAGGUGGUCCUCAAUAAGAUAAGAUGCCAGUACGAUGUUUAUCCAGAAACAACAAAUGAAGCUCAUCGAUUUGUGCUUCAAAUCAAGCAAUUCGAAAUUAAUGAUAAGAUGAAAUCUAGUGAAUUUAACAAAUUUUUAUGUCAAUAUUCAAGUGAAUUGAUGCCUAUACAAUCUCAGGCCUAUAUGUUCGUUGUGGAAGCUGUGAAUAGCAGACCUCCAGAUAUGGAAGGAGAAACUGAGUGCUCUUUACGCUUCUCCCUGUUACCACUUAGAUUUUAUGUUGACCAAGAGUCUUUGGAAUUUCUAAUGAAAUUCUUCUCUGAAGUCAGUCAGAAACCAGACGAAGAGAUCGGUUCUGACAAACCAUCUUCAAAGCACAGCACUCCUAUACAUCAACCACCUAAAUUGGUCAUGAAAAAUAGGAAGGAGAAAAAGGAAUUGCCUAAAGAUGAUGGGGAUGAAAAUUUGAUAAAUUUGGAUAGCUCUUUGGAUGAAGAUAGACCCUUAUCUCCGGAAAAGGCGUUACCUUCAGAUAACUAUAGCAGACCCCUCUUUUUCAGACCGGUUUCAUUUGGUCCAGAGACUUUUAUCAAAAUCGAUUACAAGGGCAAGUACGUCGGAUCGUCCGAUACUUCAGUUACAGGGAUGUUGUUCGGUUUGAUCAUGGGACUGGCGGAAAUAAACAAUUCUACGAUAAGACUCAACAGGGUUUGCCAUCGUCGUGGAAUAGAUGGAAUAGACAAGGUUUUGGCCCACAUACUGCAAGAAUGGCUGAACGACAUCAAGAAAAAUCAGAUUCAAAACGUGCUCAUCAGCGUAGGACCUAUGCAAUCCCUUGUGCAACUAAUCAGUGGAGUUCGAGAUCUAUUCUGGUUGCCCUUUGAACAAUAUCAGAGGGAUGGUAGGAUAGUUAAGGGUUUGAGGAAAGGUGCAAAUAGGUUUACCACAUCGACUGCUCUAGCUGCCCUCGAAUUAACGUUCAAAUUCAUUCAUUUGCUGCAGGUAACUGCUGAAACCGCUUAUGACAUGCUCUCUUCUGGACCCAGCGUCCGACAGAUUACUAACGCAAAGAAAAGGAAGAAGAAAUACACACAACCACAAGACUUCAGUGAAGGUGUUUCGAAUGCCCUUUGGCUAGUUAAAGAAGGAAUUGGAGAAUCAGCUGAAACCAUUGUUCAAGUGGCCACCCAAGAGCACGAACAGAAGGGUUAUGUUGGUAUGGUAGGAGGUAUAGCAAGACAAAUACCUCCAAACCUUGUAAAACCCAUAAUUAUAGCAUCUGAAGCAGCUAACAAUGUCCUUGGAGGAAUCAGAUCUCAGCUGGUUCCUGACGCCAGAAUCGAAGCUAAUCAAAAAUGGAGAAAUACUUUUGAAUGAAAAAAUAGACUGAUUUUGUGAUUUCUAUAAAAUUUCUAUAUAAUUUUUUUAUUUUUGUCUUAGAUAUAUAGGAUAAUUAAGAUUAAUAUAAAUAUAGUGGUAAGUAUUUACCCAUUUUUAUUUUGUGAUUUUUGUGAAUAUUAUACCCAUGAAAAUAGGUGGGGAGUGUCUCAGGUUUUGCCAUUGAAGAAUUAGGACUUUUAAAUCAGAACUUGUACAAAAUAAAGAUGUAUAUUUAUAAAAAAAUAAUUAAAUUUCUUAGGUAAUA